CGCGCGCGGAGCUCCCCCGGCGGCGCGGUCCCGGCGGCGCGGGCGGCAUGAAGACGAGCCGCCGCGGCCGAGCGCUCCUGGCCGUGGCCCUGAACCUGCUGGCGCUGCUCUUCGCCACCACCGCCUUCCUCACCACGCACUGGUGCCAGGGCACGCAGCGGGUCCCCAAGCCCGGCUGCAGCCAGGGCGGGCGCGCCAACUGCCCCAACUCGGGCGCCAACGCCACGACCAACGGCACCGCCGCCCCCGCCACGGCCGCCGCCGCCGCCGCGGGGAACGGCCCCCCUGGCGGCGCGCUCUACAGCUGGGAGACGGGCGACGACCGCUUCCUCUUCAGGAAUUUCCACACCGGCAUCUGGUACUCGUGCGAGGAGGAGCUCGGCGGGCUCGGUGAAAAAUGUCGGAGCUUCAUUGACCUGGCCCCAGCAUCGGAGAAGGGGGUCCUGUGGCUGUCGGUGGUCUCCGAGGUGCUCUAUAUUCUCCUGCUGGUGGUUGGCUUCAGCCUCAUGUGUCUCGAGCUCUUUCACUCCAGCAAUGUCAUCGACGGGCUCAAGCUCAACGCCUUCGCAGCUGUCUUCACGGUGCUGUCAGGCCUCCUGGGAAUGGUAGCCCACAUGAUGUACACACAAGUAUUCCAGGUCACUGUGAGUCUUGGCCCUGAAGACUGGAGACCCCACUCCUGGGACUACGGGUGGUCCUUCUGCCUGGCGUGGGGCUCCUUUACCUGCUGCAUGGCAGCCUCUGUCACCACACUCAACUCCUACACCAAGACGGUCAUUGAGUUCCGGCACAAGCGCAAGGUCUUUGAGCAGGGCUACCGGGAGGAGCCGACCUUCAUAGACCCUGAGGCCAUCAAGUACUUCCGGGAGAGGAUCGAGAAGGGGGAUGGGCACGAGGAGGAGGACCUGCGCUUAGACUGUCGUCACGAGAGAUACACUGCCCGUAAGUGGCCACGUCUGCAACACCCCGCCCGCACCAUCCGAGGGGAGGGGACCCUGGGGAUGAGCCAGGCCAACCUCUCCCUGCAGCCCUGCUUGGUCCCGCAGACACACACUGCAGGACACCAUCCACACAUGGGAGAUUCCUGGCCCCGGAGCUCCACACAGGAGGUCCCCGAGCUGAACCGCCAGUGCUGGGUCCUGGGGCACUGGGUGUGACCAAGACCCAGCGUGGCCCCCAGACUUCAGGCUGUCAUCGGAAGCGGCCCCCACGCCACAAGACCACGGGUCUGGUGCCCCUGGAGAGUUGGCCUGUGUGCUGUGAACUCAGCCAGCCUGUGUAGGAGACACAGGCCUGCCCUUCCCACCACCGCCUGGGGCUCAGGGCCCUGGACACGGAACCAGGGUGGCCUGAGGCAUGCACGGGGCUGCACAUGGAGACUUUGGGACGACUCCUGACUUUUGCCACCGUCACACACGGCGCCCUGUCCAGUGCAGCCAGGAUGCCACGGAAGACACAGUCGUUGGCCCCAGAAAGCGGGCCGGGGAGUUCAGGGGGUGUCAGGCGGCGUAGAGCCCUGCCCGAGGCAGGGAGUGGGUGGGGCUUCCUGGCGCUGGCACCACAGUGGGGGCACAGAGCAGGCACACAGCAGGGGCACAAUAAAUGCUUGUUGAACCUGU